CACAACAUCAACACGCUCUCUAACUAAGAGAAUCGCUACAUUAUGGACCCAGGCAGAAGUCUUAGAUUAAGCUAGCUAUCAGAUAAAAUCUCUUUUAAAACAGAUUUCCACCCGGCAUUAAGUGGCAAACCUGCCCGCUCUCAGCUGAAAAACCAGAAUGCAGAGGAAGCUGUCAUUUGUGCACCUGCUCCUCCCCGUUUUGUGCAAAUGUUGAUGCAUGCACGGAAGUUUUAGUGCAAAAGACCACAGGUGGUGAAGCAAAGAGAUGGGGACAAGCUUGGAUGACUUCACAAGGCUUCUGUAUGACUGUGAGCUGUUUGUAGCAGACAUCCUUCAAGAUGAGAACCUGAGUGGAAGUGCAGAACAGACGCGAGAAGUGCUGCUGAAUAACUUCAGGGUUGUCCAUUCAAGAAACCCUGAGACGUUUCCUCUGUUGGAUUUAAGGGACGAUGAAGGCUCUGAUGACAACCGCAGCCCCAGCCUGGGUCGCUCUGCCCAAUCAGAUGAUGCCUCAGUAGUGUCUGACUACCAGGAUGAUGGAGUUGCUGAGUAUGAUGAGGAUAUCCUCCCAGUGGCAGCCCAGGAUCUCAACAACAUCCUGAAGCAAGGUUACCUGGAAAAGAAGCGGAAAGACCACAGCUUCUUUGGCCCAGAGUGGCAAAAGAGAUGGUGCGUCCUGAACAAUUCAAUAUUCUACUACUUUGGGAGUGACAAAGAUAAACAGCAGAAGGGUUCAUUUUAUAUCAAUGACUACACUGUACAGAUGGUGUCCAACCUGAGAAAGGACUCCAAAAAGAGUGCCUGCUUCGAGCUCAGUGCCCCCGGCAAACGGCCCUUCCAGUUCACUGCCAGUAGCCCUCAAGAGGCCAGAGAGUGGGUGGACCAAAUCAAUUUUGUACUUAGAGAUCUCAGCUCCAGCUUCAUCCCUGUCGAUGACGAGGAGGAGGAGGAGUACGAGGAUACCUAUGAUGACAUUGACGGGGUGGGCACCGAUCUCCAACCUCGGCCGACCCGGGCCUCCUUGGAAAGAGGAGUAGUGGGGGAGGAGGACGAUGACGAAGAUAUCUACGAAGUGCUGCCAGAGGAGGAAUUUGCAGAUCAAGCUGACGAUAGUGACGAGAAGAGCGGCAAACAAGGUUCGCACCUUUCAGCUUGGUCAUCAGAAUAUUCCAACUACUACCAGGGUCUGUGGGACUGCCAGGGCGACGAGUCAGACGAGCUGACCUUCCAGAGAGGAGAUCUCAUCUACAUCAUCAGCAAGGAGUACAACAUUCACGGGUGGUGGGUCGGCGAGCUAAACGGCACCGUGGGCAUCGUCCCCAAGGACUUCCUACAGCCUGCCUACAUCCUCUGAGCUCCAACAGCUCUGCUGCUGCCGACACAUCCAGCUAUGAAUCACACUGACGCGUCAGUCAGAUAAGCUUUUGUCAUUUCAAAAUUGUUCCCUUUUUAUACGACUGUAAAUUAUCAUAUGAGCUCACUGCAGCCACACUUAUCCCCCCACACUCUGAACCAUUUAUAAAGGCCUUUUAAAAAAAAAACAAAAACAAAAAACAGCGUGCAAACCAGAGCUGGAGUAAUCAGUGAAUCAGUUUUGAUAAGUGAUCAAUCAUUUCUCUGUUAACGGGGUCUUAAAUGUGAGUUUUCUCAUUUUCUUUGUUUUAUGGUUGUAAGAAGUCAAACACUGUUUGGCACUUUCCUCAAUUUAUAAACUAAACAACGAAUGAAUUCAUUUAAAUAAAAUGACAGAAGCAUCAAUAAUUUAGAGAACCAUUAGCUGCACCUGCAGUGAUAUAUAGUUGUGCAUGCAUACAUUUAUCCAUCCACUGGAUAAAACUGAAAAUAGGACGUUGAUUGUUAGAGGUUUAUUUCCAUGUCACUCACAUUAAAAAAACUAAUGUAAAAAAAUUUUUGUAAAAUC